AUGGCGUCGCAAGCUGGUGGACCAUCAGACUCGUUGUCAGCGUUGAGAACAUCCAAGCUUUCUACGGUCGUCCUCGACAAUCAUUCCUCGUCAGGAAUCAGUAGCAACAUCCGCCUGCAUCCGCUUCCGAUCCUCAACAUUUCUGAACAUCUCGUUCGGACGAGACUGCAAAGCGAGGAUGCACAGCUGACAGUCUAUGGUGUGCUUUUGGGUACACAGCAGGGACGCGACAUUGACAUCCAAAACUCAUUCGAGAUCAGGCUGGAUGCUGCUUCAUCGACAUCAUUGGCACCCAUCAUCAAUCAUGCAUUCCUCAGAUCACGUCAAGCACAAUACAAACAGGUGUUUCCGACGCUCGACCUUCUAGGAUGGUAUACGGUGGGUGAGGUGCCCACGCCGCAAGACCUCGAGGUUCACAAGCAGCUGCUGGCCUACAAUGAGACGCCACUUCUUGUUCAGCUCCAUCAAACCGUGGCCUCUUUCGAGAAUGCAGAAGCGAACGGAGAGCUACCGAUUCGAGUGUAUGAGUCCGUGGUGGAACUGGUGCAGGGAGAGACGACCAACUUCUUCGUACCUGCAGGGUACAAGAUCGAGACGGGCGAAGCGGAACGCAUCGCUGUAGACUAUGCGAGCAAGGCUGGUGCCGAAUCGGGUGGUGAUCAUGACAGUAUGCUGGCGGGAAUGCAAGCGCAACACAGUGCAAUCACCAAACUCAACGACCGCAUCCGUCAAGUUCUCACGUACCUUGAAGCUGUCAAAGAUGGCCAGGCGGGUUGGGACCAUCAAGCUUUGCGGCAGAUCCAGACGGUGGUAGCCAACUUGCCACAGACGGUUUUGCCGGAGCUACAAGAGGAACUGCUACGCGAACACAACGAUGUGCUUCUCACUAACUAUCUCUCCGUAUUGACCGAGAGUCUCCAUACGAUGAACGAGCUGUCGGACAAGUUCGAGGUGGUCCAGGCCGCUGGCAAGGAGGAUGGCGUCAACGCUGGUAUUCUGGGGACAUCCAAAUCAGGGGCUCAGGGACGCCGAGGUGGUCCGGUUCUGCGUUCAGUGUACGGCUGA